AUGACACGCGAACAGUUGUUGAACACUUCGGUCGAUGCAAAACCGAAGCUUGAAGAACCAUCUUAUCCGAGUAACUGUCUGGAAUUCACAAGACACGUGGUUCAUCCGCCUAGUUCCAACGAUCAUGCGAACACCAGCAAAAUUUCUCUCACAAUAAUCGUUGUCGGUGCUGGUCUGGGAGGCUUAACAACAGCUAUAGCAUUGAAACAAAGCGGCCAUCAGGUCACUGUUUAUGAGCAAGCCCGUGAGCUAAGUGAAAUCGGCGCCGGAAUUCAAGUGCCAUCCAAUUCUACCAGAAUACUUUCAAAACUUGGAAUCGAGGAAUACCUGAAACCUUUUGCCACAGAGCCUGAGGCCAUCGUUAUCCGAAGGUGGCAGAACGGCAAAGUGAUUGGAAAUACGAGACUGAUACCAGACUUUGUCGAUGGCUUCAAUGCUCCGUAUUACGUAGUUCACAGGGCUGACUUUCUGUCUGCCUUGCAUAAAAAAGCGCUGGACGAGGGAAUCGAGAUCAAUCUUGGGAGUAAAGUUUCCGAUUAUCAUCCUAUUAAAGGCCAGAUUAUACUGGAGGAUGGUAACAUUCAUGGCGCGGAUUUGGUUGUUGCCGCGGACGGAAUACAUUCCGUUGCUCGCAAGCUCGUCCUUGGGGGACAAGAUAUGGUAUUUCAACAGUCAGGACUUGCCGCUUACCGGACUAUAGUAGACGUGAAUCGGAUGCGAGAUGACCCUGAAGUUUCUUGGGUCUUGGAUCGACCAUCAAUGAAUGUGUGGGUCGGGGAUGCUGGACAUGUCAUGACAUAUACUAUUGGUUCCGGGAAAACUUUCAACUUCGUUCUUGCUCAUCCAGAUGACACUGACCCAUCGACAUGGGGUCAGAAAGAUAACAUAAGCGACAUGAAGAACCACUUCGUUGGUUGGGAUCCAGUUGUUACAAAAAUCAUCGGAAUGGUUGAUAGUACACUCAAGUGGCCACUCAUGAAUGGUUCUACCCUAAAUCGUUGGGUUUUAGGGAAUUUACUCAUCUUGGGUGACGCCGCUCACCCCAUGCUUCCAUACAUGUCUCAAGGUGCCGCAAUGGCUGUUGAGGAUGGAGCCGCUCUUGCACGAGCGUUGUCAAAAAUCCAGUCUCCAGCUCAAUUACAAGAAGCUCUGGGUAUUUUCGAAAAGGUGCGGAUUAAGCGUACUGGACAUAUGCACCAGGCUAGUCUUCUAAACAGUCAAUUAUGGCAUAUUCCCGAUGGUCCAUGGCAAGAAGCAAGAGAUGCAGCGAUGGAACCGGAAGUUAAGGGAGUUCCAUUUGCUCACAGCCCUAAUCAAUGGAGUGACCCGGCAACACAGAUGUGGUGCUAUGGUUAUGAUUCUGAGAAAGAGAUUGACAAGGCAUGGGAAGACUUUCAGAGGGAAUAG